UUUAGCUUGCGCGUGAUUUAUAAUACAAUUAUCGCGAGAUUCGAUGCGAGAGCUUCAGUUUUCAUGAAAAGUGACAGGAAACACUGCCGAAAAUUGAUAAAACGACCUGAUAUAAAAGGUCAGAUAUGUCAGAGCUAGAGCAGGAUGGUAGUAAAGGAGGCGAAGAUGUAGUGAAUGUUCUGACAGAUAUUAUGGCACCGGUGGAUGAUGACUUUGAUGAAGAAGUAAAGACCACUACACCUGCCAAGAAAGUUGCAGUAAAGAAAGUCACCAAAACCACAAAAUCCACAGCACAGACAAAGACUGUUAAAAAACCAGCAAGUCCAGCUACGGCCAAAGCCACAAAGCAGACCACCUCAACUCCUGCUGCCAGUGAGGAAUCAACCCCAAAGACUGAAACCAUAAGUGAACAACCUCCUAAAACCAAGCAACCCACCACAGCCUCCUCAACAGCUGCUUCUACAACUCCUGCAAAGGCAACAUCAACUGGCACAACACCGGCCAACAAGACCAAGAAGGUUGUGAAGAAGACCCCCGUAGCUGCCAAGUCAGGAGCAGCAACAAAACAAACUACCGCCAAGCCUACGGCAGGAAAGACUCCUGCAUCAGCGGCUAAAAAGAAGCCAGUGAAGGUGGUGAAGAAGACGACACCAGCCUCUGUGAAAGCCAAAACCGCUGCAUCCGCCAAGGAGAGUGCUGGGGAUUCGGGGGCUAAAGCUAAAGCAGAUCCUGUUGAAAGUGCUAAAGUAGAGACAGAGACUGUUCUUGCAGAGACAGAAGAGACAAAGGCCCCAGAAGAUUCUGAGACUCCUAUGGAAGUAACUGAAGACGACCCAAUAAAAGACGUUGACAAUUCUGCAGAGAUAUCCACUGAAGCUAUACCAGACGUCGAGAUCAGCAAGGAAGGUGUUGACGGGCAGGACGAAGAACAAGAGGAAGAAGAGGAGAACGAAGAGGAAGCUAUCGAAGAAGAGGACGAGAGCAACAUUGUUGAAGGAGAGGCUAACGGAGACGGAGAAAUGGAGCCACCCGAUUUCAGCGACACCUUUGAUGUCAGGAGCGAAGCAAGCUCUACUUCUUCAGGCAGUCAGAUUGAUGACGUAGACAGUGACCAUGACAACAGACAACAGUCUAGAAGGGACAGAAAACGACAGUUCUCUCCAAUUGUGUAUGAAGGACAGGAGGUUUCAGAUUCUGAUGACGAGAACAGCAAGAAAGCCAAGCUGUCCUCAUCCGUUAACGAAGUGAAACCAGGAGAUCAGACAGCUAAGAUGAAGUACCUGUUCCGGGAUGCUCGAUACUUCCUCAUCAAGAGCAACAACCACGAGAACAUUUCCCUUGCCAAAGCUAAGGGUUCUGGAAAGGCCCAGAAUGGACACCCGGCAUGCCUCCACAAACCCCAGGGGUUGGGAUCAUCUUCCAAGUGGGAAGGCCGCGUUUGUGUUUCUCAAGGUGCCCCGUUCCAGAGACCUUCCAAAAAGAAACGUAGUAACUCUUACUCUGCUGCUAUUAUGCAUCCAUCUAAAAGAAAACAUUUUGUUGUAUCAGCCACAGCAACCUCAGAAAUGUCACCGGAUUGUAGGACCACAUUUUCUCUUGGUCGGGAGAGUGACCAUACAGCCGAUGAAGAAGUGCCUGUGCAGAAUCACCUGCAGAGGAACAGUUCAUCCAAUGAAGGUGGUCCAAGUGUUCACCUUCAAGCUAAAAAGGCUGUUUGGGCACCUAGAAGUUGCGAGACUGUGCAGGGGAACUUACGUGAUAAACAUGAAAGAAUACCACAUAGAUACAUUUAUCGGAGACAGAAAGCACGUUUUCAUGAUGGUAAUAGGGAUCCGUGUUUCUCUGACAAGGGGCAUCCUGACAUUUUUAACAAUUCUAUUGACUUGAAUGGGCAUGACUUUGAUGAUUUGAGUUUUGAAUAUGAUGAUGAGGAGGAAGAAGAGGAAGAGGAGGAUGAUACAUUUUACCCAUCUCAAAAUCAAAACCAAAGAUGGAGGAAGAGAGAAAGAUUUUCCGAUAAUCGCUCAAACUUUGGAUCCUUUGGUGGACAUGACAUUCCAACUUCCUUUGAACACCCAACAGAGAACACAAUGAGAAGUGAUACUGCUGAUCUGGAAAGGUUGCUUCAGGAUGCAUCAGCUAAAUUGCAUGAUCAGAGUUCUUUGCACCUCCGCAUUCAGCAACUAGAAGGUUGUUUGGGAAAUGUGAUCACAGUUUUGCACAAAGUGGUCAAGAUGUCCAGCUCAUCCCUGCAAAAACCGACCCCUAGGCCCAGGAGGAAAAGAAUUCAACCAUUUGGAGGACCCUCUAGAAUGGACCGUGACAGCUUCAGAAGAUGGAAGAGCAACCAAGGAGACCCCAAUGAAAGAAGGAUUGAAGGAGAAAGUGAAUUGGAUGAAGGACUGAUGGAGCGUCAAGGUCAUCUGGAUGGAACAAGUGAUGGCCAACCGACACUUGAUAACUGUGACACCAGAAGUGACCGCUGUCAAAGUCCAGAACAACCUGAUAAUGGUGAAAAUCCAGAGGAGCGUCUUUCUGCUUCCGAUUUUCAGCCGGAUUCUAGGUGCCCAGACAGCGGUGCAGAUAACUGUGGUGAUCUCGGUGACCGUGAUGUAAUUUCCAGCCAUGGCCAUACUUCUGUGCAAAAUGACAGAGUUGAUAAUGAUGGUGAACAAAACAGUGAUACUGCUAGUCCACCAACCAAUUCAGAACAGGAACAAGAGUUAAAGCAUGAUGGGCAAGUUAGUUGUAAUGUUGCAAAUGGGGAAGAAGGUGAUCUGUCUCCGUUAAAGACAUCACCAGAUUCAUGUGAACUUGGGACAGCUGAGAAAGAGAAUUCUGAGAGUAUUGUGCAAGGAACAAGUAAGUUUGAUGGAUCUGAUGUCAUUCAAGAAGAGGCCAAUGAAUCUUCCGCUUUGGGUGAAAACUCUUCACCUGUAACCUUUCCUGGUGAGAAUGAGAGGGAUGGCCAGGUGGAUCUUGUUGGGCCUGUCAUCAUUCGGAUCAAAUCUGAGUUCAGUUGCGACGAUGGUAUAGACACCUGGCCGGAUAGUUCCCAACCCAUCACUUCAUACAAUCAUCCAGGAGUGGCUCCCCAUGACCCAAACCUUGUUGUGCUCUCUGAUGAUUCGUGUGUAAAUGAUAAUCCAGUUGCAGUGCAUUCAAGCAAGGUUAUGGACACUGCUCAAAGCUCGCUAAAUGAACAGGCAGGAAAUCAUUUAGGUUAUGAACAUGAUGCAGAUAUACAGUCUCUACAAGAAAUACUCGCUACAUCUGCUGGGUCUGAUGAUGAGGAUGUCAAGUUUCUUUAUGAAAAUGUCCCUUUGGGUGAUCAAAAGAGAGGGCUGAAAACAAAAAAUUCACAAGACUUAUUUCAUGUAGAUCAGAGUGAAAAUGAGAGAGGAAACACUGAGCUUAUCUGUGUAGAGGAUAGUGAUUCUAGGUGGCAUGCCCAAAACUCUGGUCGUAGAACAGGGGCACAAUCGGUCAGAUCGGUUCCAGUAAGGCUGAGGCUGAAUCGAACUGAUGCCAGUUCACGUAGAGUUCAGAACAACAUUCCUCAAGUUUUAAGCCAGAAUGGCAAUGCACAGUACAUGGGCAUACCCUGUCAGUCACAGCACUACAAUAUGAACCUUCCUGGACCUCACCAGGCUCAUGCCCAAAAGCUGCAACAGAGUGGUAGUUCUCCAAGAUUCCAUUCUCAAUCACAAACCAUUAAUUCUCAAAGUACUGUUGGAAGAAGAAAUGCUGCCAUGAGGAGCGCUUCAAGGAUACAUACAGCUUGUAGGCUGCCCGUAGCUCCCCCAAACCCUCGGAAUAACAGUGCCAUGAACUUUGGAAACGCAAAUCAAAGGAGAGAUAUCUACAUAGACAGAAACAACGUGCAAUCAGUUUCCCAGAAUAAUGGUUCAAACAUUGCUCAGUUUGGACACCAUUACCGUGGUAGCUCUCAGGAACGGUCUCAUUCCUUGAAUCACAGUCCGUACACACAACCGAACAUGGCACAUCCUUAUCAGGCUGGCAAUGAGUCAAGUUCCUAUGGUGGUAGAGAGGAAAGAGUAGGAUCUGCACAAGCUGACGGUAUUAUUGCGGAUGUACUUGGCGAACGAGAUUGGAUUAAUGCCUGCUCUGAGGUGGAUGGUGCUACGUCCCUCACUAGGGCAUUGGCCCAGGCCCUCUUUGGCGACAGUAUCCUGAUCAAAAGCACUCUUCGGACUUCGGGCAAAUACAAAGACUAUGAACUACUGGAUCCAAACUUAGUCAAGAAAAUUGAAGAUACGGUGAUGAAAAUAUUUUGCCAUGGGAAGAACGAGAAGUACCAGAAACAUGUCUGGUCCCUCUGCAAGCAGUCUAUGGGCCAGAGAAUGAAAUACUUGCGCAAUCGCUACAGUUUGUCCUGAUACUCCUUGGAUUGUAGACCAUCCGGGGAGCAUUUCAUGAAAGGACUUGUCUGACGUUUUAUCCGACAAGUC